CGCAAAAAUAAAAUUAAUGAGUGACCCAAUUGUGGAUCCCCUGAAAGUACAUACUUUUGGGGUGAAACGCCCCCUUGAAGAGAAGAAGCAUGAGAUUGAAGAGUUGUAUAAACAACAUAAGAGGUAUUAUCCAACUGAUAAGACUGGAGAGCUUGAUGAAUGGGGAGCUGUGAUUAAAUAAUCAGAAUGAAAUGUUUACUAGGAUGGAUAAUAUGCAAAAAUUGCAGAGAAGGAAGGAUAUGGAGAAUUAUUCUCAAGAGCUUGCUCAUGAAAGUGAUACAAGAAAGAGAGAACAGAUGUAUAAUCAUGAACAGCAAAAGAAAUAUGAGUUUGAACAGGCGAUGAAUAAAAAGAAAGAGGCUGACUUUUUGAAUCAUCAAACUCAUCUUUCAAAGAAAAAUAUGCAGAAUAUGUUGGCUCAGGAUUAUGAAGACGCCAUGAGACUCAAGAGAAUGCAGAAACAAGACGAGAAAAAUCUCACCCUUGCUGAAGGAAAAGCAGCUGAUCAUAAAGCCGAGCUUGAGCUUAAUUAUCUAAGAAAUGCUGAAAGGGACAAGCGUAAUAUGAUUCGUGAAAUAUUUACUACUGAGAAGAGUGCCUACGAUGAUAGGAAGAAUAGACAGACUAGUCAGAGCUAUAUCAUGGGAAGAGCUGAGCACCAGAAACUAAUGGAGGAGAAUGAGAAGAAGGAAGCCUAUAAAGACUACCUCAAUAGCCGAAAGUACAAUAAUUUCAAUCAAUUUCAGAAUAAAGUUUCUCAAAACUACCAAGAUCAUGUUUACAAGCCAGAAAUGGAGAGGAAGAUGAAAAUAGAUUAUGCUAUUAAAAAGGGUGAAGAAGAGAGAAAGAAAAGAGAUGACAUGACCUAUCAAAACAUGAGACUGAACAAUAGAGCUUAUAUUGAAAAACAGAUGAAAGAUAAGAAAGAUGGAAGAGUGGUUGGCAAAACUGAGUAUGAAGUUGAUCAAUACAAUCGAAUGAAUCAUGAGAAGAAUGUACAAGAUGUUGAACACCUCGAAAAAUUCAAGAAAAUGCAAGACCAGCAUCAAUAUAGAGAGAUGCUGAACGACCAAAUAAAAACUUCCAAAAUGAGAAGACUCUAUGGUAACAUGACUGGAGUUGAAAAAUCUUUGAAUAAAGAUGAUCUUGUUGCUUGGAAGAACUAUGACCAUAACGCUUAUGCAUUGAUUCCUGGAUUAAAUUCCACGAAAAAGCCGAUCCCAAAGAAGUUACUUGAUGACAAAAUCCUUCAUAAAAAGGAGAGAAGUUUCGAUGAUGAGCUUAAUAGAAUGAACCAAUUUGGUCUCACCAGAGAUGUCACUCUAGCCAGAGAUCCAACAUAUAUUUCUGCUAACCUUCAUAAUUCUGCAAAGAGACUUCCUGAUUCAAGGUCUUUGGAGCCCAAUAGAAGUAUGAUAGGUAGUGCUGGAGGACAGUCACUAAAUGGAGGCUAUGAAGAUAAAGUGAACCAAGGUAUUCCUAAGAAUGUGGUAUCUAAUGAAAUUCCAAACAGAAGUUUGUUAAGAUCAGGCCACAGGAAGUAUCCAAACCACCAUUUAUUUAGUAAUUACAAUCCGAUUAAUGGAGAAUUUGGAAGCACAAACGCAGGACAGUCAGGUGCAUUCUUCAAAAAGAUGGGAACCUCCGUUCUCAAUUAA